AUGAACACUCUCGGAAAUAUUGCAGCCCUCGCCCUAAUCGGUUUUGUCAGUGCCCAAGACACCGUCGGAUUUGGACCGGCCUUCUCUCUCGGCCCUACACAGUCAUGGAUCCGCGAAGCCAACACCACACUGGUCCUUCCUGAGACUCCGAGCCCUCAGAAAGACCGUCUCGCCCUGUGGCCUGGCAUGGGAACAAGCGGUGGUGACUUGAUUCAGGCUCUCGCUGUUUCUUUCUCCGACCCUAAUGCUAAUUGUGGAGCGAAAUCCGGUCAAUGGUGCACUUGGGCUAGUACUCUUCAAGGAGAGCAGCUCGGUGGGAAGCAGGUCCCUGCUUCUUACGGCGAUGAACUAACAAUGCAUUGUGGGAAUGUCACCUUCUAUUAUCUUUCCAAGGCUAACAGGACGAUAGACAAGUACAACGAUGACACCGGCAACUAUGACCAAACAGUCUACAUCAACGGGGAGAGCGUUUCUACUCUUUCUACCAGUUCUGGACAAGCACAGGGUUGGGGCACUGCUGUCGAGUGCCAGGAUGAUGCAUGCCAAAGCACCACUGCGGCACAUGAAUACCUUGACACCACUAUCAUCUUGAAUGCUGCUGACUCUACAUUUGCUGGCACCUUGGGUCUCAACGAAGUCACCUCGUCCGGUCUGAAAACAACUGAUAACAAGGUCUACACCGUGUCAAGCAUCAAGAUCCAGUCUCACACUUACAACCUGUAA